CUUUCAAGAACACACAAAAAAAAAGCUUUUUUUCUCUUUUCAAAUAAUAGACCUAACCAUAACAUGAGCUCCAUCGCACCUCCUCUUCAUAGAGGCAUGCUAGAACUUGAGCGAUCUGCUUUUAGAAAAGUAGUUUCUACCUUGGCUAUCAAAGUUCCUACCACUAAUGUGGGUGUUGUUAUGAAAUCUUUUUCCAAAGAUCUAUUCAACCUACCGAGAUUUAGAAACGUUCUGCCUGUACCUGGAUCAAGAGAGUCAAAGCUUGUGUUAUUAAGAAAUGAUUUGAGCCGCAUUGAGGAUUUAGGCGAAGAAAAGAUGGAUUUGAUUCAAAAAGAAAAACUAGACGUUGUUCAGCAUAAAAUAGAACUUGGUUAUGACUAUUGGACUGCAGAGCAAAUUCUGCAUGCUGUUAUGCCUGAAGAAUACACAGAUGUUCCUGCUUCUUUUACUCAAAUUGGUCAUAUAGCACACAUGAAUUUGCGCGAGCAUUAUUAUCCUUGGAAGCAUUUGAUCGGACAAGUCAUUUUGGAUAAAAACAAAAAUAUCAGUACUGUUGUCAACAAGACAAAUAAUAUUGAUACCACAUUUCGAUUCUUUAAAAUGGAGAUCCUAGCUGGUGAAAAUAACAUGAUUGCUGAAGUGAAAGAGAGUGGGUGUAGAUUCAAGUUUGAUUUCUCAAAAGUAUAUUGGAAUUCAAGAUUACAUACAGAGCAUGAUCGCCUGAUUCAACUCUUCAAGCCCAAUGACUAUGUUUGCGAUGUAUUUGCAGGUGUAGGCCCUUUCGCUUUACCGGCAGCUAAGAAAGGAGCUAAUGUUUAUGCUAACGAUCUCAAUCCAUCUUCUUUUCUCUGGAUGAAUGAAAACAUCAAAGCCAACAAGAUCACUCAAAACAUUCAUUCUUACAAUUUAGAUGGCCGUGAAUUUAUUCGACAAGCAGUAAAAGAUUUACAAGCAACAUCCAAAGAAUGGAAGACAUUUGAUCAUGUUGUGAUGAAUCUACCUGCUACAGCUAUUGAGUUUUUGGAUACAUUCCGAGGAUUAUACAAUGAUCAAAAGCACCUGUUUAAAGAAAAUCAAUCCAAGUUACCAAUGAUUCAUUGUCACUGCUUUACAAAGAGUCCAGAUGCAAUGCAAGAUAUUUCAGAGCGUGUUGGCCAGAUUAUGGGUGGUCAGCCUGAUCCUGUCAAAAGUAGCGUUCAUUGGGUACGCAAUGUAGCACCUAAAAAGGAUAUGUACUGUAUUUCAUUUCCUCUGUCUUCCAGUAUUGCUUUUGCAAGUGAUAAACGCAAAUUGGAUGACAUAGAGCAACAAACGGUAAAAGCAGCUCGUCUAGAAUAAAAGCUUUUUUUUUCUGUAAUGAGUGCAUCCAAAAAGAACUCUAUGAUAGCUAUAAAAAAUAAUGAAUUCAAUAUAGAAUACUUGACGAAAAAAAAAAAAAACGACAAAAAUAUACUUUUAUCAAAGCACAUAGUAGCAUUUGUUUAAACUAUAACAAUUAAUGUGUAACUCAAAACACUCAAUUGAUACCUCAUCAUCUUUACUAUCCAAAGAGACUAUAUGCAGUGCAAAUUGACAAGAAGACAAAAUACCUAUAAAACGGAUUAUGGGAGAUACUUGUUAGGUGUCUAAUGCAUCGCUUCUU